CUGAACUUCGCAACUUUUGUAACUUUCUACGCAGCAUAUUCUUCGCAAUCCGACUUUGGUCUUUAAUUCGCCUUUUUUUGCCAACAUGGCGUCGACGCCGAUGGAUCUCGAUAUCCCUGAUUCCUCAUCACCUGCCAAUGGCACACCGUCUACAUCUCUUAACAUCACUCGUACUUUAGGGAACGGAUUGCCUAGUACCUUAACUACUACUGAAGUUGUCGCGAACUACAGGCCUACUAAGCUGUUUAAGGGUGGUGACCAGAAAGAUGGACGUUCGCAACAUUACGUUCUUAGUCUCGAUUACGAUGACCCUGGCGAGCUCUUGAUGACGUCUGAGAGCAACGAAACGAUCCAGAUCUAUAAAGUUCGAGAGGGUAAACACGACAAGCAGCUUCUAAGCAAGAAGUAUGGUGCCAAACUGGCAAAAUUCACGCACAACAGCUCGAGUAUUAUUUACGCGAGCACGAAACAAAAUGAUGCGAUCCGAUACUUAACCACCCAUGACAAUACAUUCUUACGAUAUUUCGAGGGCCAUUCGGCGGCAGUUACGUGUUUAGCAAUGCAUCCUGGCCACGAUGAUUUCAUCUCAUGCAGCAAGGAUAACACGAUUCGAUUAUGGAAUGCCGGAACUAAGAACGAGACUGGGUUGUUAUAUCUCAAUUUCCCAUAUCUUGCUGCUUGGGAUCCGAGUGGACAAGUCUUCGCGGUAGGAUCACCUACUGCAGGAACUGUUUUACUCUACGACCAUCGAAAUUUCGACAAGGCGCCUUUUGCAGAAUUCGACGUCAUGGAUGCGGUCUCUCCCGUAACUACAAACAAUACUUUACAGGGCUGGACCAAGCUAGAAUUCGCGAAUGACGGACGCUCCAUCUUGUUAGGCACGAAGGGCGAGGGUCAUUUCCUCUUGGACUCGUUCAAUGGCAGCCUUAAGGCCUUCUUACACAAAGGCGAGGGCGGCACCAACAGACUGGGCGCUGGGGAAGAGUAUAUGACCAAUGGUGGUGGACCAAACGGCGGCCACGUCGAGGGUAGCGGUGACUGUUGCUUUACUCAAGAUGGAAGAUAUGUCAUCGGCGGUACAAAGAAGGGUGCUGUCGUAUGGGACACCCUAGGCCAAACUUCCGAGAAUAUUCUGGAGCCGGUCCACGUGCUAGAGGAUGAGAGACCGGCAGCAGUCAUUGCUAUGAAUCCUCGAUUCAACCUCUUCGCUUCGGCAGAUCAAGAUUUGGUGUUUUGGCUACCGGAUCCACAUGCCUAGGGGGCAUAUCCGGACAUUAGACGCCUUAAUCUUGGUCUAUGAUGGGUUCGAUCUGAUAUUCCACCAUCAUGAUCUCCGUGACAGAUGGGAGGUUGGAAUCUGGCCCCUCACGUCUAAAAGGAUAAUAUACAAAAGGGGACUGUUGCGGUUAACUACUUAUGGAAGAUACCCAUUUGCAUUGUUGGUGGCGUAUAAAAUGGCAUCGUUUGAUAGUUGAUUUAUGAGAAAUGAAAUCCUGAUUCG